AUGGAUGAGACAUCCUACGUGAUAGGAAUAGAAAUAUUCCGUGACAGGUUACGUGGAUUGUUAAGAUUGUCUCAGAAAACAUAUAUUGAGAGAAUUCUAGAGAGAUUUGGUAUGGAAUAUUGUUCAGCUAGUAUUGUUCCAAUACAGAAAGGGGAUAAAUUUAGUUUGAUGCAAUGCCCAAAGAAUGAAUUAGAACAUAAAGAAAUGCAAAAUAUUCCUUAUGCAUCUAUUGCGGGAAGUUUGAUAUAUGCACAGGUUUGCACUCGUCCAGAUAUUGGUUUUGCAGUUGGAAUGCUAAGCAGAUACCAAAGCAAUCCAGGAAUGUAUCAUUGGAAAUCUGCAAAGAAAGUCAUGAGAUACUUACAAGGAACAAAGAAUUAUAUGCUCAUAUUUAGAAGGACUGGUGAUUUAGAGGUUAUCGAUUACUCAAACUCAGAUUUUGCUGGAUGUGUGGACAGUAAAAGAUCCACUUUUGGUUAUUUGUUCCUUUUAGCUAGAGGGACAAUAUCAUGGAAAAACGCAAAAUAG